GUUUACACUGCCACGCGCUGAGAGAAAAGACAGUUGGUGCGCGUGAGGGUGGUGUUGGUCGUCCGUCCCUCCUCUCUGCGCGUUGACGCUUCUCGUCAUGUCUGACUGGGAGGCGGACAGCGACGAGGACGGGCCCCAUGGAGCCUCCACCAAGCCCCCUCCCACUUUACCUGCGUGGCGCCCGGCGGCGGCUCCUCCUCCUCCACGGGCCCGUGGGAACCCAGACGCGGGCGAAGACAGGGAGGAAAGCGGGGGCGGGAAGAACUGGGGUUCGCGGCCGGCGUCCGCCCGCGAGCCGUGGCAGUCGAGGCCCUUGGAGUAUCGGGCCCGAGGCUCCUCGAGAGGAGAAGACAGAGAGCGCGCGCCGCUCUGCUUCCCUCUGGAUAACGCUCUCGUCGGCACCCUCAUAGGUCGAGGGGGAACUAAAAUAAAAGAGCUUGAAGAAUCUUCAGGCUGUAAAAUACAGGUUGUAAAGGGAAAUUGUGAAGCUAUGAUAAAGAUAUUUGGUGGUAAUGAUAAGCAAACAAAAGCCAAAAUGCUGAUUGAUGACCUUAUUGAAAGGAGUAGCCAAGGCAAUGCAGGAGAAAGGUAUACUAAAGAUUCCUUCAAACACCCAGAUGUUGGAACCAUUUGUUACCAUGAUAGUAGUUUUGGUGGUUUGAAGUCUGGAUACAGUAGUCCGAAACAGUCUAUUAACUGGGCAUCCCUUCGAGAGAAUAAAGCUAAAUAUGAAGCUAUGAAGUGGGCUGAUUUACCUCCAAUUGAAAAACAGUUUUACAGAGAAUCACCAAAGAUUGCUUCCAUGUCACAAGAAGAAGCUGAUAAAUGGAGAAAAGAGAACAAUAAUAUCACAUGUAAUGACCUGAAAGAUGGUGAAAAGCGUCACAUUCCCAAUCCUAUCUGUAAAUUUGAAGAUGCUUUUGAGUAUUAUUGUGAUGUUAUGGAAAAUAUAAGGAAAGUUGGUUUUCAGAAGCCUACACCAAUUCAGUCACAGGCUUGGCCAAUCAUACUUCAAGGAUAUGAUCUCAUUGGAAUAGCACAGACUGGUACUGGAAAGACAUUGGCUUAUCUAAUGCCUGGAUUUAUUCAUUUGGAUUUACAGCCAAUACCUAGAGAAAAACGUAGUGGGCCAGGUAUGUUGGUUCUUACUCCUACUCGAGAAUUGGCCCUUCAGGUUGAAGCAGAGUGUUCAAAAUAUUCUUACAAAGGAUUUAAAAGCAUUUGUAUAUAUGGUGGUGGAGACAGGCACGGGCAAAUCAGCUUGGUUAACAAAGGUGUGGACAUUGUUAUUGCUACUCCUGGUAGACUGAAUGACCUUCAAAUGAACAACUACAUAAAUCUGAGGAGCAUAACAUACUUGGUGUUGGAUGAAGCGGAUCGAAUGCUGGAUAUGGGAUUUGAGCCUCAAAUAAUGAAGAUUUUAUUAGAUGUACGGCCUGACAGGCAAACAGUUAUGACCAGUGCUACAUGGCCAGAUGGUGUCCGCCGUCUUGCAAAAUCAUACUUGAAAGAUCCUAUGAUUGUGUAUGUUGGUACUCUUGAUUUAGCGGCAGUAAGUACAGUUGAGCAGAAGAUUGUUAUUAUUCCAGAAGAAGAAAAAAGAGCUUUUACACGUUACUUCAUUGACACUAUGAAGUCUGAAGACAAGGUCAUCAUUUUUGUUGGAAAGAAACUUACUGCUGAUGACCUAUCAAGUGAUUUUGGUCUUCAGGGAAUUCCAGUUCAGUCCUUACAUGGCAAUAGAGAACAGUGUGAUCGUGAACAGGCUUUGGAGGACUUCAAGAAAGGCAGAGUUCGUAUACUGAUCGCAACAGACUUAGCCUCUCGUGGGCUUGAUGUUCAGGAUAUCACUCAUGUGUUUAAUUUUGACUUCCCACGCAAUAUUGAAGAAUAUGUUCAUAGAGUAGGCCGUACUGGACGAGCAGGGCGCACAGGAGAAGCUGUAACACUUGUAACUAGAAAUGACUGGAGAAUUGCAUCUGAACUGAUUGACAUUCUUGAAAGAGGAAACCAGGUAAUUCCUGAGGAGCUAAUUUCAAUGGCUGAGAGAUAUAAGCAGUUUCAGCUGAAAAAAGAAAUGGAAAGAGAUUUAGGACGGCCUCGUGGUAGAUCACGGAAAGGUUUUUAAUCUGUUUGGUGAUACUUGAACACAGAAGGAAAACUUGCACAUAAAAGCAGUAACUGUCAACUCUGAAAUUUUGUCUGCUUUUGAGUACAUCAUCAAUGGAACUUGGAAAUACUAGAAGCUGUGCUCCCGUGUAAUCAUUUUCAGAUUUCUCUGUUUGCUCUAAGGUAUUUUACACGCAGUGCUGUAGCAGGUAUUUGAAUUAUUAGGUUUCAGUUUUUGAUACAUUUUUAUUGGCAGUAAAUAACUUAAUGCUUUGAUAAAUAGCAGAGCAUGUUAAUUCUUGUUGCAUGGUUUAUAAUAGGUUUGUUGAAUGGGAGAAUUGUGCUUCAUAGAAUAAUGUUGACAAAGUUCUGAUAAGAGAAAUAAGUGAGGCCAACAGAAAUCCUCCCCUGCUUUAAUUUAAAAUAGACUUUAUUGUGUGUGUGUGUUGUGCACUGCAUUUUUUUGAGUAAGAUGUGGAAAUACUGAAUAUGGACAGUCCAAGUCUCAUUUAUAGAAUAAUAUUGGAUCUAUGACACUGAGCAGAUUACUGUUCAACAUAAUCUUUUUAUGAGAAUUUUUUCAACACGGCUUCUGGAUAGUUUGUUAGUAUGAAAACUAUGAGCUUUAAGGGAAUAAAGCAGUGUUUUCAGUGACAUACUGUAUACUUUUUGUUUACUAAAUAAACAGUAUCAAAAUUG